CAUUCUUCCACCAAAGGCAACGAAGCAGGCGGAAGCUGCCACCUCCAAUAUUAAUACUGUCACUGUUCAUCUCUCUCAUCAUAUUCCUUCAUUUGAUGCAUCUUGUCCGGACGCGAUAAAUUGGACUUCAUCUCUUCCAGGUCGCCAUCUCGCAACGGGAACUAUGUCUGAAUAGGAAAUUGUCAUGGAAGAUAGGCAACUGAAUUACGACCAGCCGCUCCUUUCUACAAGGCGGUUCCCAUCGACGCCGACUUUUUAUGGAGGAGCUAAAGAUCAACGCAUAAGGCGUGAUCCUCUGGCCAAACUCCCUCCCCUUCCUCCUGCGUACAGAUCAGAGCUAAAGUCAGGUCCAAUAAGUAGACCAGGAACGGUGCCGUUUACAUGGGAACGGAGCCCCGGGAGGCCCAAACAUGAGCGCGCCAUGCAGAUCCAAACUCUCAGACCACCUCCCGCCAGCCCCAAGCUUUCAUCAGGCAGACCUAUGAAUGUUAAAGAGCAGUCCUUGGACAAAGUCUGUAGCAGUAACCGCAAUUUCCGAUCCCAAAGAGUAAAUGUCCUCCCAAAUGAUGCAUCCAAAGGAGGAGAAGCAGUGGCAUGCGAGGGAUCCAAGAAGGGUGUUGAGGAGGUGUCUCCUGUUUCGGAGGAAGGGGAUGAGGUCUAUGUCGACGCACGGGAUACUCUUUCUAGGACUGAAUCAUUCUUUUUGAACUGUAGUCUCAGUGGUGUAAGCGGGUUGGAUGGUCCAAACAUUGGAGUAUCUGGGAAAUUCUCGACAAAUCCAGAAAUGCAGGAUUUCAUGAUGGAUCGUUUCUUGCCUGCAGCGCAAGCAAUGGCUGCGGAAACGCCUCCACGUCCUACUAGGAAACAACCUUUGAAGAGAGAGCAACCAAAAUUUGUCGAGCGGGCUAUAAAUGUCGUUAAGCAGCAGCGAGAACAGCAUUAUCGGCCAACUGCGAUAUCCCAUUAUGCCCCUGAAUUAAUUGGUGUGGAUAGCCGAGGUGACGACGACGACGACGACAGCGAAUAUGAUGAACCCAAAAAGUCAUCUUUCAAAGCCUGUGGGAUGCUUCCUCGCUUUUGCUUGAAGACAUUUUGUCUCUUAAACCCAGUGCCAAGUGCCAAGACACGGGCUGCUGGACAUGUUUCAUUGGCCCGUACGGUGCAAACGAAGCCUUCACAUAAUGCUUCUAACAAUGAUAAAAGCAGUGAGCAUGCUUGUAACGUAGUAAGCAAUCGAAGAUAUGUCAAUCGACAUCAAAUGCCUGGGAUUCAAGAUGAUAAGCUUGUGCUGAAGAGCAGAUCAAGCCCAAUCAACAAAAUCACUUGUGGAAGAGAAUCUCCAAGACCAGAUCGGUCAUUCGAGAGCAGGAAAUUUCAAGGAGUCAGCAGUGUACACUCCAAGACUGAAUCAUCUCAUCCAAUUCUUCAAGAAGAGAGAUUUUUGUUUGGAAAUUCUAGUUCAACUGAGAACUCAAGGGUGGAUGACUGCAUCCCUCCAGGAAAAGCACUCCCCAGCUUUCAAGAAUUCCUGAUUAGCGAGGAUAAUGCAGGAAAUACAGGCUUCACAGCUCCCUUCAUUGAGAAGACUUUGUAUGUUGACCGUGUACAUAUAAGAUCUCGUGAUGCAAACACGAGAUCCUCCAAUAAAACAGGAAAACCUGACUUCAAGCGAGAUGAAUUUGCAGCUGAUGUAAUGAACUAUAAGCUACAAGAAGCUCCUUCUGUUGACUUUUCAGCCCAUGAAGACGAGUAUUCGAAUGCUUUAGAUGAAAGGGAGACAUUGGAGCAUGAAAGCAGGAAGUCGACCGAUUGCAUUUCACUAUUUCCUCACGAUAGAUUCAAUGAGGAUAUGCAAAUUGAUGUCAACAGGCCCAGACGGAGCAGUGACACGAAAAUGACCUAUGAAGUCUGUGGUGACGGGAAGAGUGAUCUAGGAAGCCAAUUUUCUUCGAGAUCUGGUGACCAUACAAAUUCUUAUGACAUUGGUUCAGAUCUCCAUGUUCCCCUGCCAUUGCCACAGUGCCCAUCAGAGUCUUGGCUAACCCGGACCUUGCCAUUUACAUCCUCUAGGAACUUGCCUACUCGAUUUUCCCUAGGUUUGCUUGAUCCUGACGGGUCAAAAGCUUCCAACUUUUGCAAUAUUAGUUCCAAGUGGGAAACAACCGUCAAAACGCCUGAUCAAAUGAGGGGCAUUUAACUUCUCAGAGGGCAUUCGGUUGGCACUUCGGUCACUGUUUGCACGCUUUACCUUUAUGCAUUUUCUUAUUCAUGUAGUGUUCAUUCUAUCAUCAGGGAUUGCUGGAGCUUGUGCGGCAACGUUAACAUCGACCUCUUCUAAAUUUCAUGAAUGCAUUGUUCCGUGUGGUUUCACUUGUUGAAGACCUAUUCCGGCUCAUGUCCUGCUCUGACUUAUCCCUCAAGUUAGUUGCUCUGUUCUAUGAAACUAUUUGUGAUUUCCAUGUUCAGUUUACUAUAAUCGAACAAUAUGGUCGACAUGAUAUGUUUGCUUUCCCUGCAAUGCAUGUUUCAAAGAGUAACUUAAU